AUGGAGCAGCACAACUUGAAUGCGGCCUCGUCAUAUAUCAAUAAUGUCCUCCUCGCCAGGGGUCUUUUAAAAGGAGGCACCCCGAUCGACUUUGCUCAGCCGGAGAACGAUGAGGGUGGUGUCGAUGGGACGAUGGCCAGGGUCAUCAACCUGGUUAAUGAUUUGGUUCUGAGAAGAGAUCGCGAAGCCGACCAUAGGGAAAACCUCGCUACGACGAUACGGACACUCCGCGCGAACGAAUCGCAGCAAUCAGUAGAAAUCGGCAAACUCCGAACAAAGACGUCCGAAAUGAGCCGGUCGCUAGCGCUCGCAGAGGCUCAGGAGCGCGCACUCAGAACGAAUAUCGCCAGUGCAGAAUCAACUAUCAGAAACAUGAAGGAGCAAGUACAACGCAUGAAGACCACCGUUCAGCAAGUCCGAGCACAAUGCGCGAACGACAUUCGCAAACGAGACCUGGAGUUACAAAAGCUGAAGUCGCACCUGGCAGAGCGACAGAGAGGGAAGCGAGAGGGACUCGGUGUUACGACUAUCAACAUCAAUCCGACAGUCGACCGCGCAUCGAGAUCGAAGACUCUGUCCGGCGGCGAAGGGAUUAACAACCCUGGGUACAGUUUGAAGCAAGAGACGAACGAGUUCCUCACGCAGCUGUGCCAAACUCUCAGUGACGAGAACGACAUGUUGAUCGCGCUGGCACGCAACACUGUCCAGACAUUGAAAGAUCUACAAGGCCUAACACACGAGGACGAAGAAAACCCAAGUGGGACGGCCAGCAGCGGGACGCAGAAAUCGUCGCAUGACCCUGUUACUAUCCUUCCGACAUCGUGCGAUGAACUUUCAGCCCAUAUGGGUAUGAUGCUAGAGCACCUACAGACACUACUCACCAAUCCUUCAUUUGUGCCUCUCGAAGAAGUUGAAGUGCGCGACGAGGAAAUCAACCGCCUCCGGGAAGGCUGGGAGAAGAUGGAAAGCCGAUGGAGACAAGCGGUGACCAUGAUGGAUGGGUGGCAUACACGGAUUGCCGACGGAGGUGACUCGGUUCAGGCCGAAGAAUUGAAGAUGGGUCUGGGCCUCAGUAUUGAUUCCGCACAUGCAUCAGCAACAAAUGAUGCAGAUAUAAACAUGGAGUCUCCCAUUCUGGAAGACCAGCAGGCAGAAGAGGAGGAGGAAGAAGCAGAGCGCAAGUCUAAACAGAGUUCCCAACAGCGUGCACCGUCGAAGGAGACCAAGCCUACUGGGACGCGCGAGACUAGGACUCGAAGGGCAUCGAGUCGUGCUCUUAAGGAGCGGAGCGACAACAUACAAUCCGGCCGGUCCCGGAAGGUCUCUUUCACGCCAGGGCUAAAUGGUUCUCCCUGUGUAAAUGAAGACGAGACUUUGCAGGUCAAAGCACAUAAAUCAGAGACUGUGACUCGGCGGGCAUUGAAGAAAAGAGUGGAAGCGAAUGCUCCGCGAAAGCAGGACCCUCCCAGUCGCGGGCGAGUAACUUUGUCACAGAAACUUGCCAUGGCAGAAGACGAUGCCCGAGCAGCAGAGCAAGACCGCAAAGAGAGCCAAAGCCGGAAGCGAAGUCGAGGCACUGGCAAAGAAGCCCGAGACCGACGACGUAGUACCCUAACCAACGACGAACUUGACGAGCUAAUGGGGCGGCCGUCACCCGCGAAAGUGAGCUAA